AACAGGAUCACUCUCUCAUAAAAUAUCCACAUUCAUUUUCGGAUACUACUUUUCUUAUCUCAAAAUCUGUCAGUGCUACAAUAAUUGUUGAACCAUGGAAAAGGAGCAAGAAAAACAAUGGGCCGAAGCGCAGAAUAUAGCAAUAAGUGUAGAUCUUGUUGAGGCUGCUAAGAAACACUUGAAAUUUCUUACUGUUGUUGAUCGGAAUCGCCACUUGUACGAAAGCCCUGCUUUGGACUGGGCUAUCUACAGGUACAAUGCCUUUUGGCUUCCCUUGCUUGCCAAACACUCGGAGAACCCCUUUUCUGAAGACCCAUUAGUUAUCCCACUUGAUUGUGAAUGGAUUUGGCAUUGCCACAGGCUCAACCCAGUAAGAUAUAAGUCGGACUGUGAAGAGCUAUUUGGAAGAAUCCUUGGAAAUUAUAAAGUCAUCUCGUCUGUUCAAGGAACUUCAACGAGUAAAACGGAAGAGAUUUGGAAACAAAUAUAUCCCGAAGAACCUUACGAGCUUGACUAUAAUAGACCGUUCCUAGGAGAUGUCUUGCAAAAGAUAACGCAAAGUGCAAAAUUUACCAAUUAUGAUUUGGUUUCUGCUGUUAAAAGACAGGUUCCUUUCUCUUUUCAGGUUUCAAGGCCACAUAUGUCAGAUCAUCUGUUUCUUCAGGAAGCAUUGGCAAGAUAUAAAGGGUUUUUGCAUAUAAUCAAGACAAACAGGAAAAAUGGCAUAAAAAGCUUUUGUGUUCCGACUUAUGAUAUCGAUCUUAUUUGGCACACACAUCAAUUAAAUCCUGUUUAUUACUGUAAAGAUCUCUGUGCAUUAAUGGGUAAAGUGUUGGAGCAUGAUGACACUGAUUCUGACAGAUCUAAAGGGAAAAAACUAGACACCGGAUUUUCUCAAACUACCAAGCAAUUUGAAGAAACCUUUGGUUUAAGGUAUUGGAAAGCCGGGGCAAUGUAUCGUGGAACUACCCCAGCUCCGGUUACACUAAUUCCUAUUCCAUUCGAGGCGAAGAAGCUUCAUGUACAAGAUAACUGUGACAACAAUCUAAUUCAAUUUCCAGAGACGAAAUCGGUUGAGGUUAUUCUCGAGUUCGUGGAAAUAAAAAAUUUUCCCGAGGCUCACAAAAGAGAUAUUCGUGUUUCAUUCAGCAAGAAACAAACUGAUAAGAUUUUUAACGCUAAGAGAACACUGAAUAUAUUAUCUGAAUCCGGUGAAAAACAAGUUGCCUAUUUCCAGUGUGAGCCUAAUGGAGAAUUUCUCUUUGAGAUUGUAUACCGUUUGCCUUCAAACAUACCAUUACCGAAAUCCUUCAAGCCAUUCGGUUCUUGCUCCUUUUCUUUGCAAGAAUGCUUGGCUUCAAGAACUCGACUUUCUGUCGAUAAGUGGAUCCCAGUAGUCCCUCUACCCGGCAUCUCAUCUGCUAAGCCAAUACUUUUGCACGUUUCUCUUUCAUUUACUAUUCCAACACCAGCACCCCAAGUUUUUCAUUUGGUGAGCUCUCAGCCACUUUUCAAAGGUGCGUGUUUUCUUCCACUCCCGAAGAUAAGGACGUAUAAAAAUGCGAAGAACGAGACUAGUGUCACGGAUGAUGAUGGAAAUGGGAUUUUUAGCCUUAACAUGAGAGACUUGAGCAAAGACAUGACAAAAGGCACCGAUGACUUGUUAAAAGAGGUAAACUACGUCGCAGACUCUAGUGAAAUGCAUACGUUGGCUGAGUUUCGCAAAAAUGCGUGGUUUAUAAAGGGAAGCCAUGGUUCUUUUAAGCUCGUUAAUGCUUCUGGAAACAAUGGUGAAAUCUUUGAGCUCGUUGGUGACAAGAUGGUAAAACUCUUUGCUGGAAGGAGGCUAGACUUUGAGCCCAAGCACUGCGAAAAGCAGAGAAGUGAGCAAGACUUUAUGACUGCGGUUGAAUUCUCUCGAGAUCAUCCGUACGGACGGUCUGUAGCAUUAAUAGAUUUCAAACACAGAAUCUUCAAGGUCAAGGAUGCAUGGAUGAUACUAACCGGCAUUACUUUAGCCUAUAUUUUGUCCAAUAUGCUGAGAACGGAGUGUGGUUUCACCUCUAAGGUAGGUCAUGAAGAGAACAAAGUAAGCGCGGUAACUCCUACUGUUGAAACUGAAGCUUUAAUGGAGGCCGGAGUGCAAAUGGUUGAUGAGGGUACAGGAAAUGCAACACAUGAUGUCUGUGAUGGUGGGGGUUGUGGAAGUGGUUGUGGCAGCGGCUGUGGACAUUUGGCUGCAAGGUGCGGAGGUUGUGGUGGAGGUUGCGGUGGAUACAUGUCUGCAGGGUCCGGUGAAUAUGGUGGUUGUGGUGGAUGUGGAAGCAUGGCUGCAAAGUGCGGUGGAUGUGGUGGUGGUUGUGGUGGGGGUAAAUGUGGGGGACACAUGGCAGCUAAAUGCGGUGGAUGCGGCGGUGGUUGUGGUGGGGGUAAGUGCAGGGGACAUAUGGCAGCUAGAUGUGGUGGAUGUGGCGGUGGUUGUGGUGGAGGCAAGUGUGGCGGAUGUGGUGGUGGACACAUGAUCACUAGUGGUGCAACAGCUGAGCCCGUAGCAGCCUAAAUGCCUAAUUGUUGAAUAUAUCUAUGAAAAAAGUAUUCCAGAUCCGGACUCAAUUUAAGUUGGUUUGUUUAGAGUUUCAAGUUUCGAGUUGUAAAUAAAUAAAGUGUGAUGUAUAGAGAUAUUGCUGCAUGAUUUGGGUGCAUAAUCUCUGCUUGUUGCAAGCUUCUCAUUCUAGUGUGAUAAAACGGGCUAUGGUUAGGCUCUUUGUUCUUGUUUUAAA